AUGGCUGAAAAUCCAUUUCCUUUGAAGUGGGAUUAUUGGAGUCAUUUUGAAGCUAGGUUGCUGGUGGUUAUAAUGUUGAGGGGCGAGGAACAGGACAUCCUCACUAUUUUAAACAGCUGUCCGUGGGCUAGAUACGAUUGGACUUGCAGGGGAAUGGUUGACAGUCACUGCAAAUACCAACCUAAUUUGUAUGUUUAUAUACAUAUAAUAAAUCAAUGUGUAUUUGCAUUUUUGAGAGGAAAGAUGAUUCCAGCUGAGUUAGAGAAAAGUAUAUUACAAGCUAAAAAAAGGUAUGGCCAAACUCCAUUCUGUGUCUGUGCCACAGCCGGAAGCACAGUGUAUGGAGCCUUCGAUCCUCUCCCUGCCAUUGCUGAUAUUUGUGAGAAGCACAAACUCUGGAUGCAUGUGGAUGCAGCUUGGGGAGGUGGACUGCUACUAUCCAGAAACUAUUCCUAUAAACUCAGUGGCAUUGAAAGGGCCAACUCUGUGACCUGGAAUCCACACAAAGUAAUGGGCAUCCCUCUUCAAUACUCUGCUAUCUUGAUCCGGGAAAAAGGUCUUCUAGAUGCAUGUAAUCAGAUGCAAGCUGACUCUUUCCCAUCAGAUAAACUCUACAAUGUUGACUUUGACACUGGAGAUAAAACUAUGCAGUGUGGCCGACAUGUUGAUAUCUUCAGGCUAUGGUUAAUGUGGAAAGCAAAGGGAACCCUUGGCUUUGAGGGACAAAUCAACAGAUAUAUGGAACUUGCAAAAUACUUCUAUAAGGUUUUAAAGAAAAAAGAUAACUUUAAGCUUCUGUUUGAUGCAGAGAUUGCUCCAAAGAUUAAAGCACAGAUGAUGAUGGAAGGCACAGUCAUGAUAAACUACCAGCCACGUGGAGACAAACUCGGAGCCAGGGUGGCGGGGGUCCAGCCGGACGUCCCCCUCAUGCCAGCGGGGUCUCUGGCGCCCCUCUGGUCAGCGGGGCCCCAGCAGGGGAGGAGCUGCGAGACCACACGGGACACCGGGGUGGGCCCCCAGCCUGGAGCCAAUGGCUUGGAGCAGGGGCUGGGACCUGGCAGCACCGGGCCAGAGCCCCCUCUAUCCCUGGCCAUCGCGGACUCCCGGCGCUCCAUACCUGAGGUGGCAGUGAGGUUCGUUGAUUGA